AUGAAAAAUAGCUCGAAUAAUUCCAACUAUACUGAUGAUUUAUCUUAUUUAUUAGUGGUGAAUAAUACUAUAUCAAAUUUAAGUUUAGAAGAUUAUUACACAUGCAAUUAUUCCAACGAUUUAAUGUUUAAUACCAGUAUUGGGUUUAUAAUAGCAGUACCAGAAUGGGAAGCUAUAACAACAAUAGCUGUACUAUCCACUGUUAUUCUCAGUACAAUAUUUGGGAACGUUCUCGUUAUACUUGGAGUUUUUACGUAUAAACCUUUGAGAAUAGUACAAAACUUUUUUAUAGUUUCUUUAGCUGCAGCCGAUUUAGCUGUUGCAGUAUUAGUGAUGCCAUUAAAUGUAGCAUAUUCGACUUUAGGCCGGUGGUUAUGGGGAAAGAAUUUGUGUAAAAUGUGGUUGACCUGUGACAUUAUGUCUUGCACAUCAUCUAUUCUGAACCUAUGUGCUAUUGCCUUAGAUAGAUAUUGGGCAAUAACGGAUCCCAUAAACUAUGCACACAAGAGAACAUUAAAGCGAGUGAUUGUUCAGAUAGCGGGAGUUUGGAUCCUGUCAUUAAUCAUAAGUUCUCCACCUCUUUUAGGGUGGAAUGAUUGGCCUGAUAAGUUUUCGCCUGAAACUCCUUGUCAACUAACUUCCGAACCAGGUUAUGUCAUUUACUCAUCAUUAGGAUCAUUUUUUAUACCGUUAAUCAUAAUGGCGAUUGUGUACGUAAAAAUAUUUCUUGCUGCCAGACAAAGACUUAGAAAGAGGACGCUGGGAACUAGAAUGCAAAAAAGUUCUGCAAAAAUUAAUGAACACCAAGACAAUAGUUUGGAAAAUAAGGAAGAUAUCGACAAUGAUUCAGAUAGUGGAGAGGCAAUGAAACGCCAUAAAAAAACAUUAAUGGAUAUGAAAAGAAACUUUUUUGUCCCUUUAUUAUUGUUCCACGAUCCUUUAGCACGGCACAGAAUGGAAAUUAUGGCAUUGCAAACAAAUGACUCGUCAGGACCUUGUGAAAAUUAUACCACGAAAGUAAUUGGAUCUUUUAAGAAGCUUAGUCAAAAGAGAAGAAAGCAGGAGAAAACUCUAUUGACUGGUUUAAGCAACAGCGGUGAUAUAGCCACUCAUCUCAGCGAACGUCUAAUUGUGCUUCAAAAACUUGAAGAGCUACAGGGCACCGUAGAGAACACCCACAUCUUGUUAGCGGCCACGUAG